UGAGCACUGCCCUCAAUCAUAGAUACCAACCACCAUCCAGGGAUGACAUGUCCAACACGUACAUACCCGCGUGGUAUUCUGUUAUAAAACAUAAUGUCAUCCAGGAGCUGGCGCAGGUCAGCAAAAUUGCAAUUACUUGCGAUGGAUGGACCAGCGUGGCACAGGACCACUAUCUAACAGUGACUGUCCAUUACAUUUACAAAGGCAGCAUCCAGCAGAAAGUGCUGAGCACUGAAGCAGUUUAUGAGUCCCAGACAGGGCCAGUGGUGGCACAGGAAAUCCACAACAUUCUUGAGGAGUUCAAGUUGACUGGAAAAGUCAUAGCUGCCACAGUAGACAACGCUUACAACAUGGAUGUUGCCCUGAGAAACCUGAAAUUUUUAAAAGUUGGGUUUUGCCCACACACUCAACCUGGCAGCACAGAAGGUGUACGGCAUCCAAGCUGUGACUAGGUGUUGUGCAAAGAUUCACACAUGAAGUGGUGGUGUGGCUGAAGCGCUCCACCAUGAGCAAAACUGUCCUGAGAGAGAAACAGCGACUCCUCAAUUUGCCAGAGCACAAUGUUAUCCUGGAUGUGAGGACUCGCUGGAAUUCUCUAUACCUCAUGGUGGAGCGGUUUGUGGAGCAGUUCCCUGCAAUCCAGGCAGCUUGCCUCGAUCAAAGGCUAAGGAGGCCAAUGGAAAGGGACAGACUAGAAAGGCUUACAGAGAGUGAUUUCGAGAAGGCAGAGGAAUUCAUGAAAUGCAUGAAAAUAUUGUACACCUCAACCCUCUGCGUGUCAAGUGACAAGUCCCCCACAUGCAGCCAAAUCAUCCUGAUCCUCACAAAGCUGGAGGCACACUAUUCAACCUCCGAUGAUGACAAUGUCUUUGUGGCUGCUAUAAAAGAGAAGGUCUGGGGAGAUCUCGAAAAAAGAUACCAGGAUCAAGACAUUCAGAAUUUCCUUCGGGAAGCCACAUUGAUGGACCCUCGCUUUAAAGGCAGGCUGGAAGUUGGUGUUGCAGAAGCUUGGGAUAGGCUUGAGAAAGCAGUGAUUCACAAUGCCACGGCAGCUCAGCUUCCAAUAGAGGAGGACCCUCAUCAGACUGAGGCAGGUGAAGAGGAGGACCAAGCAGGCAGACGUAUGUCAGCCUUGGAGCAGAUGUUUGAGGAUGAAGACCGAGAACUUCAUACAACUCAGACCACAAGCAGUGCCCUCUCCAUCACAGAGCAGGUCCAGAAAGAGAUAGAGAUCUACAAAGGCCUGCCAGCCAUCCCAUCUGGACAAGACCCUGUGGCCUGGUGGGGGGGCCUCAUCAACCCCCUCUGA